GCGGGCAGUCUGGUGCGGAGGAUGACCUGAAGCGCGGGAGCAUGGGCGAGGACUCGCUCGACGAGGAUAGCCUCGCGUACGACGCGCCCCAUGCAGAGGGGCAUCAGCUGCAGGCGUUCACGCGCUCGCCUCUCGGACGCCUCUCGCACCGGUCGCGGCGACCGCCUCCGGCCUCGCUCGCCCCCAUCAUCUGGCGCUGUCUUGUCUUCCAGUUGAUGUUCUGCACCGUCCACGUACUCGCAUCUGUCAGUACAAUCGUCGACGUCGCGCGCCAGCGCAGUCCGACCUGUUUUGGGACCACCGAAGUAGCCAUGAUCCUAGCUGGCUGGGCGCCGGCUAUCCUCUUCGGUGCGUCUAGUUUGUGCCCUUCAUCUCUUGGUUGGCUAUUUCGUAUACGACAUGCCUUCUCGUGCACGACAUGGCUCCUCGUGCGCGACAUGCCUCCUCGUACACGACAUGCAUUCUCGUGCGCGACAUGACAUGACAGACCGAUUCGUACACUUACCCUACCACAUACCCGCUCCACCCUCCCUUUCGCACUCCACGUCC